AUGGUUCAAAUUACAUCUCUCAUCCUUGCUGGAAUGGCUAUCUUCGGCUCAGCCUUUGCCCAUCCUGCGCACGACGUAAAGGCCGAAGCUGCUGAGCGAGCUGCCUUUAACAAGCGCACUCCAGUCGAGAAGCGAAGCCUUGGACACUGUGAUAACACUCUCAAGGCCCGUGGCCAUACCGCCCGCAGUGUUAAACGCCGCAACAAAACCGUCCAACACCUUCGUCGCAGCCUCGGACUUUCUACUGUCGCAAAGCUUAAAGGGCGCUCGUUCGAGUCCGCGCUGAAUGAAUCCCAUCAUUCUGAUUUAGAGGGAAUGACUCAAUACUACAACCCUGAAUACGAAUACUUGUUCAAAUCCGAAUCCACCUGUGCUUUGGCCGAAGACACUACGGAGGGUCCUUACUGUAGGACCCAACGUGGUGUUCCCCUCUGGUUGGAUAUCCAGAUCAUCGAUUCCACCACAUGCGAGCCUGAACCUCAAGUCUAUAUAGAUAUAUGGUAUUGCAAUGCCACUGGUAUUUACUCCGGUGUCGAGGCCAGCACCAACGGCAAGGACUUCUUGACCCAUAAUGCUAACAAGACAAUCGCGUUGGCUAACGGUACAAUCUCCGGCCUCUACUCUUCCCACUCCUUAUAUAUCGGUCAGCUUUUCUUCGACCAGGACCUUAUCACCGAUGAGCUUACCAUCAACGCCGAAGAUGAUAUUCUUGAGGGCGAAGCCAAAGACAUUGAUCCUUUUAUGGAGUAUGUGCUGUUGGGCGACAGCGUCAGCGAUGGUAUCUCGUCCUACAACUACAAUAAUAGAUCAUUAAUCUAA